GUAGUUUGUUCUGAGGUAGUUGGUAACACUUGAUCUCGUUCAUUUUCGUAGAAGUGUCAUUUGUUGUUCUUCGAGGAAACGCUACUAAAAAUCCAACAAAAUGUUCCGUUCAGUAGCUGUUCGCGGCGUUUCUCUACUGAAAACAGCCGUAAAAGUUAACAAACCAUCGGUCGCCGCCACAACCAGAUUUAUGUCCCAUGGACCAACUGAAACCGAUGAACAAUUUGACGCAAGAUAUGAAAACUUCUUCAACAGAAAGGACAUUGACGGCUGGGAAAUUAGACAAGGAAUCAAUGACCUCUGGGGUCACGAUUUGGUACCAGAACCAAAAAUCCUCAUCGCUGCCUUAAAAGCUUGCAGACGAGUAAAUGAUUUUGCUUUGGCUGUCAGGAUCUUGGAAGCCCUCAAGGACAAGUGCGGUAGCAAGGUCAGCGAAAUCUACCCCUAUGUAAUGCAAGAAAUCAAACCCACCCUUUCCGAAUUGGGCAUCAGCACCCCUGAAGAACUAGGAUUUGACAAGCCACAGCUUGCUCUUAAAUCAGUCUACGAUAUGUAAAUUAUAGUUAAUUGUUAGUCAUAUUUCCCUAAUAAAUUAAUAAAGUAACUUUGUUUUUUAUGUUUUUGUUUAAAUAGACCCUUACAAAUAUUGCAUAAGUUGUUUGGGAUUCUCAAAAACACAUUAU